AUGGUUUCAUACAAGGAACAUGGUCCGCACUUAAGGCUCAGGCUCUGGUGCAUUCUGUUACAAUUUGGCUUAAAGCCUCUCUCCAGGUCUGGUUCUUUGUCUGUUUCCUUCGUUUACCCUUCUAACCCCAACCAUGGUUGGUGGUACUCAUCAUCAACAACAACAACAACCGCAAGCUUCUCAAUUGGCCCCGCCUCUAUCAUCGUCGACGACGACUGUUCCCGUGGCUACGACGGAGGAAGAGGAGUUUCUGAAACGAAACCCGAUUGCGUUUACUUCCUUGCGUCUCCUCUAACCUGUAAAAAGGGAAGUGAGUGUGAGUAUCGCCAUAGUGACAUUGCACGGGUGAACCCUAGGGAUUGCUGGUACUGGUUAAAUGGGAGUUGCUUAAAUCCAAAGUGUGCUUUUCGUCAUCCUCCUCUUGAUGGAUUAUUGGGAGCUGAAGUUCCCACUCCUGUGGGACCUACUCUACCUCAGGCUCAAACACCUUCAUACCCUAUGUCCAAACAAGGUGUUCCUUGCAUUUUCUUCCAGAAAGGCUUCUGUUUGAAAGGACAUUUAUGCCCUUUCUUGCAUGGCCCACCAAACAUACCCAACAACAAAACCAUGCCACCUGUCCCUUCUAACAACGUCACAAAUCCUUCCAAGAUAGCUUCUGAGAAACCCAUUCAAGAACAGAAACUUGUGCAACAAGAAACUGAGUUCCCGCCUCCAAAGAUGAAUCAAAACCCUACUCCGGCGAGAAACGGCGGCGGUGGUGGUGGGGUGGAGAAGAAGGUGGCGGCGGCGGUUGAGGAGCCUAGGUACAGACCGGCCAAUGUUGUUGUGAAUGAAUUCCCGGUCAACAGGUCAAACCAUGGAGUCUAUGAGACUCAUGUUGUGGAUAAUGAGGGUAUAAAUGGAAAAGAUGUUGAUGAAUAUUCAAGAGAACCUACUCCUGGUUUUGAUGUUCUUGUGGACAAUGAGCUUGGAGAUUCUGAAUACUAUCCUAAUGAUUUUGAAAUGGGUCGACCCGUUGACUAUGAUGUUGACCAAGAUAUAUAUGGUGAACAACGUGAAGGGUAUGCAUGGGAGGAUCAUAGAGAAUCUUCUGAGAGAAUCUUAGGUGGGGCCCAUAAUUUUGGAAGGAAGCGGUACCCUAGAGAUGAAAGUCCUGAUCAGUUUGACAAGUCAGACUUACGCCAUCGAAUAUCAAAUCAAAGGAGGGGUAAUUUCGGUAAUUUCAGGAAUGUUGGUAAUGUUGCUAAUGUUGCUAAUGUCGGUGGUUUGAGGUCAGUUAUCAGCCGUGAACACCCCCGUGAUAACCACACUGACAGAAUGCCAAGGCGGGACAACCACCACCAUGACCGCCACCACGACCGCCACAACCACCACCGCAUGGAGCCUGUCUCCAUUAGCAGCCGGCUUAGAGGAAGAAUAAAGAUUCCUGAAAACGGGUCAAGGGUAGAAAGGGAAAUUGACAUGGGUAGGCACAACCGGUCAAGAUACUCUCCUAGGCCGCCACAUGGCAGAUUUAGAGACAGAAUAAACGAGGGAAGAGACUAUAGGGGCCCACGUAAUGAUACUGAGUUUAUGAAAAGAUCACAAAAAGAUGAUGGUCAAAGUCAGGGAAAGAGGAAAUACGGUCAACAAGUGGAAGAAGGUUUAUCGUUUGAAGGGCCAAAGCCUUUGAGUGAGAUUUUGAAGAGGAAAAGAGGAGGAUCUGUGAAUAAUGACGAAAAUAAUAACUUGAAAGAAAAUAAUGAAAAUAAUGAAGAGGAAAAUGAAAGAAAAGAAGUGAUUAAGCCUCGAAGUAGUGUGGUUCAUGUAAUUGUGAACAAGGAGGAAUCUGGUUUGAAUGAUGAAGAUGCAUUGUUGGAUGAGGAGCUUGAAGCUUAUGAUCAUAAAGAUGGAGAUUAUGAUUAUGAGCAGAUUGAUGGGGAGGAAGAGUAUAACUUGGAAGAAGGUGAGGAAUACAUGGAGGAAGAAGAAGAAGAAGAAGGUGGAAAGAAAGAGAGUCAAGUGUAUUCUUAGAUGUUAAAAAAGACUUUUCAUAUCUUUGGUUUUGAAUAUGUUUGUUGGUUUUAAGUUAAAAUUAAAGCAAAACUUUCUGAUUGUAGUUUGUAGAAGUAGAGGAUGAAUGAUGAUUCUAAAAACUGAUUUUUUUUUUUCUUUGGAGUUUUUAUUUUGUAUCUAACUUUUCAUGGAGAAAUUCCUCCUGAUGCUUCAGCAC